UAUAAUCUGAUGGAGCGAGUUCGCCGCACGUGUUGUAGCCGAUUAAUCGGAAGGAAAGGACAGGUUGCACGUUUAAUUGCAGGGUAGAAACUGCAGCGGAACAAACACUGCGCCGAAAGCAGCCGACAAUUACUCACACCGCACUGACGCGCUUGGCUCGGCCAGCCUCAUUUCCCAUGAAAUUUUGUUGUUCAUGUACACGUCAGGCUGUUCUGCAUGGUACCCCCAACAAAACUAGCGUCAGACGGCGUUGUUUCCGGUUACUCGCGUUAUGACCACAUCCAACUACGCCGUACAUUCAUCAACUUGAGUAAUCUCAUGCAUGCUGCAUAUAUAUGUACGCGUACUUGAAGUAUAUAUAACCACAACUUACAGCUUCAUCGGCCGUUAGAAUUUUCCUCAAACAAUUGUCUGGCGAUAUUGAUUACUCUUCCCGGAGCAAUUAUGGGUCGACUGACCUUAAUAAUUUUCUGGACGUCGAUCUUCCUGGUCUUCCUGUACCCGGAAGUAGUCCACACCCGCGGCGGUCGCGGUGGCGGCGGCCGCGGCAGCUCCCGGUCGUCCUCCUCGCGCUCCAGCUGGGGCAGCAGCAGCCCCUCGGGAUCCUCGCGCUCCUCCUGGUCAUCCAGCCCGAGCUCUUCCUCUUCCCGAUACAGCAGUUCCCGGACCUCCGGCUCAAGCUGGAGCCCUUCUCCGUCACCAUCCAGAUCAUCGUCGGACUUGGAUUUCAGCUGGAUGCCGUCCCGUUCCACCUACCAGCGUCCGGUGCUAUCCCGGGAGACCCUCGGGGUCUUUGGGCGACAGUCCUCCAAAUGGGGGAGCAGCGCGUCGACCGGCAGUCGCCCGGUGGCUGAUUACGCUGCAGCCGGUGCGGCGGCGGUGCGGAGCGCGGCAAACCGUCCGGUGAUUCAUCUCGCGCGCCCCGCUUACACCCGGGUCGUUCCCGUUCGGACCUGCGACGUCUCCAACGGGUUUAUCCUAGGCCGGGUGAUGUCCGCCUCCAACCACCGGCAUUACUACGUCCCGUACCGCCAUAGCUCCGCCUACACGACCGCGAGCCCCCCGUCGGCCACUUCCGGGACGCCGGGGACCCUCCCGACCCGAAGCUACUGUUCCCUGGCGCGCUGGAACAUGGAGCUGCCUUUCAGCGAACUACCGAACAUGGCGCUGCACUUCCUGGCUAAUGACUCCGCGUCCGGCGCGACGUUCACGGAGAAAGCCGGGUUCCUGGCGGAGAUGCUGAACAGCACCUUGGCGGUGUACGGGGACCUGCCGGCGGCCGCCGACGCCUUCCAGCUGGAUUCGGGGCUCAAUAUCAGCAAGUGCAACUUCCGGUUGCCCAAUCCUAAUGCGCGGUACGCGCAAUGGCGCCCGCCCGCGGGUGCCGGGGCCGCGGAGGAGCAGGUCGACGGGUAUGAUCAUGCGGAGACGCUGGAGCGGAUGCGGCAGGUGGAGGAGGAUUUUUUCCGGCCGGACAGCUGGAUGUGCGAUCUCUACAGGAACCAUUCUUCUAUCUUCCCCGACAUGCCGGACUGUGAUAAGCCACUUCCGCCUCCACCGGAAGAGCCUUUUGUAACCAGCAUCCACAAUCUCCUUGCCAAGUACACCAACACCAGCGAAAACCUCGACCUGCUGUCAGACCUACAGAAUGCGGCCAAAGCGUGUUUAGUCGAUGGAAAACCGGGAUCCUCGGCGCCGGCCUUUUGUCUGGACUUCUCCCUCGAUGCCGGACAGAUAACGGCCGUCGGCAACGACGACUCCAUCUUCGGCAACGAAGACGUAUGCCGUGUGUAUUUGAAUCCCAACGUCUCGUGUUUAAACAUUAAUGCCGCUAACCGCACCGCCAGCCCGUGUGGUCUCAAACAGUUGACCACGCUGCUGGUUUUUGCCAGGAAUUUCUAUCUGUGCGCCGAACCCGUCGGCAACAAUCUGCUGGAGUACGCCAUCAGCCUGCAGCCAACGACCACAACAACCACGACCACGACGACCACGCCCACCACAACCACGCCGCCGCCGGAAACUGUCGACACUUCCGGUCCGCGCGGAGACCCCGCCCACCGACCUGGCCCGCCCAGUUUGGGCAGCGGGUUGACCUUUGUGGCGCGGAUGCCCCAGUGGACGCCCACCGGCGGUCUGCUGCAGCUGGCGUCCUGGCUCUUCCGGCCUUAGCGGAAUAACGCCGCAUCAGGCGUUGGCGUUGCUCCCGAAAUGCUUCCGCUGAUUUCCUCCAUAUUGCAGUAUUCAAUUGCACCAAAAUGACGUCCUUGACAAGACUCGACAGAUUGCUAUACCAACGUCUUUCUGCGUCGAUUUUACGUAUAAUUUGUUAACCAACGCGCGGUCGGCAUUUUAACCUCGCCGAGCGGGAAAAUCGCAGUAUCAAUACAACGUACGAACUCGUACAGUAAAUUCGGCAUUUCUUUAUCACUGCAUAAGCAUUAUGAAUGCGAGCACACAGACUGUAUAAUAUUAAUUUUAUUUUAUAUGAUAUGCUUAUUAUUCAGAAAAGCAGCAGCAGAUGUCGGCUGGUAUUAGUUGCUGCCGGUCAUUUAUUUUUCAUCGUCCCAAUAUAAAUUAUUGUUUGAUAAUUCAUUAAAUUGGUUAUACACUUAAUAGUCAUGUUAAGAA